CAAUGCGCAUGCUCACUCCCAGCUAAGCUAGCGCGCGCAGGGGCCCAUCGCCGCCGAACCCGCCUCUCGGGUCUGACCCGGUGUCACCGCGUUUGACAGGCCAGGCGGGGCGGUCUGUACGGGCUGGGCCGGAGAAUUCGGCAGCGCCCCAGGGCAGGUUGGGAGAUGUAGUUCCUGACGCACCUCAGGCCGGAAAUAACGUUGCCCCAAUGACGGGCGGAGGCAGUUAACGGAUUGCGUGAGGGCGACCCGCUCGCUGAUUGACGGAGAGACCUCCGGGGGCAGCCGCGCGGACAGAGACUCCCGGAGCCAGGGGUGGGGGAGGGGAUGGGAAACUGUUGCUGUGAUUCUCUCUCAGCACAUGAGGAGCGAGGGGGGCGGGAGCGGGUUCGACCCCCCGCUGCAAUGAUCCGUUUAAAAGGAGUCUGGCCUCCUCCUGCCUGAGCCACGUUUCUGGUCUCGCUGAGACGCGUGUUAAUCCGGAGUCACUGCAAGACAGAACAGGGAGUGACUCCAAAUUAACAUGGGGGGCAAAUAAGAUCAGGGUGUGUCCGUGUGGGGAGGGGGUUUCAGUUGUUGCUAAAGGGAGGAAAGUUACUUUCUCUGCCUCAGGAUAUUGGGGUUGAGCUUCCUGGUUCAGACGCUGCUGCCUCGAUUGUGAUCUGGGAGCCCAGGCUGAGCAGCUGCUGCUCCCCCAGCGGGAUCGGGGCUGGGGAGUGACUGUGAGUAAAGCUUCCUCUGUGCCCAGCCAAGGUGAGGAUUUUCUCCAGCUGUAAUUAGCCCCAUAGGGCAACCCAAGGCUCUGCCCACACCAACAUCUGAGCCAGAGACUCUAGGUGAUUGAUAGAGAUCUCAGGGAACGUGCAGGGAGUGGGCAUGAAAGUGACUCUGCACAAACAGCCUCUCCUCCGCUCAGCAAUUGCAGGAGCCGAUCCAACCAUAGGAGAGGAAACCCCCAGGAUUGGCUGCCAGCAAGAGACGGGAAGGGAGACACAAGGAGAGAGAGAGAGAGAGACUGAAAAGGGCAGUGGGAGAAAUAAUUGGGGGGAGAGAUUCCCAGAUUUCUGACCGGCCCAUGUAUGGUUAUUGCCGCAUCCCUGGGCGGAUUCACUUUGCUAUGAACAAGGUGAGGUGCAGGAGGAGGAAAAGCCAGCUCCUGACUCUCCCUGUACCCCCUGCUGUAUGAGUUUGCUGCCUUGGGGACAAUGUCAGGGGGAAUCCCCCAAUGUCACUCCUUUUAUUCUGCUCUUCUCUCCCAUUUGGUUCCCAGACUUUGUUACUGGGAGGGUUUCAAAAUGUCUCGCUCGUUUAGUGCUAGUGGGAGGGGCUGGUCAGUGCUGUAAUCAAGUGACCAAACAUUUCCCCAGCAUAGAAUCGUAGAACGGUAGGGCUGGAAUGAACCAUGAGAGGGCAUCUAGUCCAGCCCCCAGCACUGAGGUGUUUGUCCAACCUGUCCUUGAAAACCUCUAAUGAUGGGGAUUCCACCACCUCUCUUGCUAAUCUAUACCAGUGCUUAAUUACUUUUUUUUCACAAUUGAGUCACGUAGUUGACUCAGAUUCAAUUUGUGAUCUACUAUAACUACCGAUCGUUUUCAGUAGUACUACCUCGUAACCAGCUAUUCCCCACUUGCUCGUUGUGCAUUUGGUUUUCCUUCCCUAAGUCUAGUACUUUGCACUUGUCUUUAUUGAAUUUCAUCUCAUUCAUUCAGCUCACUUCUCCAAUUUGUAAAUGUUACCUUGAAUUCUAUGCCCAAAUAAAUCUGUUAGUCUUUAAGGUGCCACCGGACUCCUUGUUGUUUUUGUGGAUACAGACUAAGACGGCUACCCCCUGAUAGGUGACGCUUUGUUAUUUUUAUGUCUGAUUUUAUAAGCAAGUAGUUUUUAAAUGAGGCGUAACUCAGAGGUACGCAAGACAAAUCAGACUUCUGAAAGGGGCACAGUAGUGUGGAAAGCCACCGGUCUACACAGCUAUUUUUAAUGGGCUAGCACCUACAGUGGAGCACCCAUAGGGAGACACAUCUCAAAGAACUGUUAGGGGGCUUAUUCCUUCACCCACUUACUUCCCUGGUCCUUCUCACAUGAACAGAGAGCAACAAUACCCGAAGUCCAAAGGUGCAAACAGUUUGAUGUUUUUUGGGGUGAACUUCCAGCAAGCAUGAUUCCAGUUUCCUUCCUUAGUGUCCCCCUUCCCAGCUCUGACACCACAGAGCCUUACACCUGUGUCCUUGUUCCCAUUCCUGCCCUUAGCCAAACAUGAUUCCAAUUUCUCCAGCCUCAUUCCCUGUUCCCAUUUCCCCCUUUAGCAAAACAUGAUUCCAGUUUCCCCAGCCCCAUUCCCUUUUCCCAUUUCCCCGCCCCACACCCACCCACUCACUUCCUGAUUGACUGCAGACUAUAUAGUAAAACUUGAGUUCUGCUUAGCUAUACUUUAACCAAUCAUUUUCCUGAAAUUUAACUAACCAAUCCUAACAUAUUGUAACAUGAUUAUGUAACCAAUUAUAUCCCACCACCUUAAUUAGUUUACACCCAGCAAAAUUAAUUAUACAGCAGACAGAAACAAUCACAGAAGCAGACAGAGAUUAUACAGACAAACAAUAGCGAAGUGGGAACUAUAAUGACAAAAGAAUACAGAAGUCAGGAUUUCACAUCCCAGCUAUUGAUAAGUGAGUUCUUGCCAGACAGGAUGCUAUCAAACUAAGUUUCCUUUUACAUCUUCUAGGCACUUCCCUUUCUCUGGAGAUGAUAGGCACUAUCAGGACAGGAGUGUAUUCCUAACAGCCCAAUAGCACCUUAUUUCAAUGUGACUAGUUUGGAAUGUGAGGAUGUGACCAGUCGCUUCCCAGCUUAUGGCUGCCUCUGUUGCUCAGUCAAAGGCCUUAGCCUAAGAACAGGGCCUCAGACUGUCACAGUAAGAGAAGGACCUUACACCGGCAGACAGUGAUUGUGAUUCUGUCUUUUAUACUUCUGACUAGCCAAGUGAUAAGAAUAAAUCUAAAUUCUUAAAGUACAGGCCUUUGCAGACAGGCCUGAAUAUCUAUAUCCUAACAAGAACCAUCGUUAAUACACAAGUUGUGUAAUUUCUUCUUUUGCUGUUACCUGAUCUCACUGGUCUUCUUUUCCCUGAGCAGGGUUUCCAGUUUCCAAACCCGAUGUCAUAUCCCAGCUGGAACGAGGGGAAGAGCUGUGGGCCCCAGAUCUCCAGGGCUCAGAGGAAACAGAGAUCCUGAGAGGCAGCUGCAUGAGUGAUGGGAUGGUGAGAGAGACCGUGGAACAGAAUCGUCAGCAGGAAGAUGAGCAAGUGGAACCACAUGGGGCGUUGUUGCAAAGAUGCAAAAAGAGCGUGUCCAGGAGUUGUGAGCAGGGAAAAGUCUCUCAGGGGCAGCACAGGCCAGAGAAGCGGCAGGGAAACCAGCCAGCGCAGAAAGUUGGAAUAUCUGUUAAUUAUCGGGGAACUCAUAAAGGCCUCAAGGAAACCACAGCCCAGCAGAGAAUCCUGACGGGAGAGAGAAAUAGCACAGGCUUUGAGUGUGGGAAAAAGUUCAGGAGGCGCUCACACCUUAUUACCCAUCAGAGAAUCCACACCAGAGUGAGACCCUAUGGAUGCUGUAAGUGCGGGAAAACAUUCACUCAGCAUUCACACCUUAUUUGCCAUCAGAGGAUCCACACAGGGGAGAAACCCCAUGAAUGCUGUGAGUGUGGGAAAACCUUCUUUUGGUACUCAGCCCUUAUAAAACAUCAGAGGAUCCACACAAGGGCAAAAGCCUGUGAAUGCUGUGAGUGCGGGAAAACGUUCACUGAGCGCUCACACCUUAUUCGCCAUGAGAGGAUCCAUACAGGGGAGAAACCCUAUGAGUGCUGUGAGUGCGGGAAAACCUUCAUUCAGCACUCACAUCUUAUUGCACAUCAGAGGAGUCACACGGGGGAGAAACCCUACGAAUGCUGUGAGUGCGGGAAAACCUUCGCUUGGAGCUCAGGUCUUAUUACACAUCAGAGGAGCCGCACAGGAGAGAAACCCUAUACAUGCUGUGAGUGCGGGAAAACCUUCACUCAGAGCUCAAGCCUUAUCAUACAUCAGAGGAUCCACACAGGAGAGAAACCCCAUGAAUGCUGUGAGUGUGGGAAAUUCUUCCAUCACAACUCUUUUCUUAUUUAUCACCAGAAAAGCUGCAAGGGAGAUAAACACCAUGAAAAUCUUUUCUUGGGCUCAGAAAAGAUUGUUUUUUCCUAAUUCCCAAGUAGUGCACUUUAAGGCAGCAUUUGUGGCGUCUCAGCUCCUUCAGGUGAGUUCUCUGCUUUUCCCUUUUGCUGCUCACCUUUCCUUGGAGUGAAGCCCACAGUGUUUUUCAUCAACUCCUUCGUCCUCUGUCAUGGAAGUGUGCGUCCCUCCAACAGGAAUGCCCAUCGGUCCCAGGUGGGGGAACCAGGAGUGACCUCUACUAGGUACAUGGAGGUUAAAUCUACCUGGGCCUUGACACCACUAGGGUUUUCCAUGGAGUUUGCGAUCCUGAUAUUAAAACACAGCUAUUUUUUCAAGAAAGAAAAUAGCCCAUACAGCGUCCAGGGUAACAUAGCAAAUUUCCUCACCGCUGGACACAAGCUUCGUGACUUUUUCUAGUCUAACCAAAUUUGGAGCAUCCCGUUUAUACUUUUUUCUCCCACUGCAAAGUGAUUGUUAGUCACCAGGUUCCCCCGCUAGGGACAGAUUGCCUCAUUCCCAGUUGUUGCCACGUUGCACUGGGUUCUGCUGAAUUGCAGUUGGGCUUUGUACCAUUUUUCUCCAUGUAAAUGUAACAGAGAAGGAGCAGGGAUAGAGGGUGUGACAAAGUGGGGAUUUUUCCUUGUUAUGUUUUAUGUGAGUCUUACUGUUGAGCCUAUGUGAGUUUUACUGUUUUGCAUGAAUACGGCAUGUGCCUCAGUUUUCCUGUGUGCUGCACCAAUACCUCGGUGGUGGGAAUAGAGGUGUGUGACUUUGGCCGAGACCUCUGGGGCUGGUGAGGCUGCCUGCACGUACGCUAUGACCGGUUUGUGACGUUGCACUCCAUAUGCUUUAUGGAAAUAUGCUUAUGACAUAACUGGAAUAUGUUUCACGCUAAAUACCCCUUGUAUCGUGUCAUUAGAAAGCUUGUAAUCUACUGUGUUCAACCUAUUUGUUUGUAUGUAUUAUUUCUAUAUCUGGAGUUAGGAGAAUUAGCUAUAAAAUUGUUUCACUGAUGUAAACAUAUGAAGUAGAGGCCAUUAAGGGUGCUCCAGAAACAAUCAGUUGUAAAUGGCCUUAGUUUCUUGAAAGCCUUCUUGUGUAUGUGUGGGCCAGCCCAUGGAGAAUGGAGACUAGGGGUCUUACCGUGACAUGUGACCAUGUCACCUGAUAAUUAAAUCCAUCUUAAAUCUCGUACUUUUCCAUUUAGAAGGAGGGGUGGGGACCCAGAGAGACAAAAGAUUCCUGCCUUGUGUCAAAGCUAUAGAAGGGGGUGGAGCAGGAGAAAGGGGGCCAGUCAUGAGAAAUCCCCUGCUUACCACCUGAGAUGUCUGCUGGAACUAACACUACCUGGGGAAAGGAUUGGGCCCAGACUAGGAAGGAGUCUAAUCUGUGAAAGAAGCUUAUUGGAACAUCUCUGAGGUUUGCAGAGGAAUCGUCCAGAAGCCCUAGCCGGAGGAGAAGCUGGCAGAAGUGGACCUGAGCAUCCUUCUAAGGAGACGUGAAUAGUCCUCAUGUUUCUGCCUUCUGCAUAACUGCCUUCCCAAGGGAAAAGAAGUCAAGCGUUGGAGUCUACUGCCCUCAUGCGACGGAAAGAGAGCGACGAGACCGUGAGCGUUGUUGAUGCCACGGAAAAGUCAUCCAACUGGGAGCGGAAGAGCCGCCACCCUCGGUGAGGAGCGGUGUGUCCUCUGCAGCAGAAGGUUUGAUCCAGGAGGAUGACUCCAGGGGAGGAAUUGCUGAGGAGCCCUAGCCGGAGGAGAAAGUGGCAGAGAUGGACCUGAGCAGCUUGGACAUUGUUCUCAGCAGACGUGAACAGUCCUCCGCUUUCUGCCUCCCGCUUAACUGGCUUACCAAGGGAAAAGAAGUCGCGUGCCAGAGUCUACUGCUUCAUGCGAUGGAAAGCGAGUGACAGUGACAAGACCGCCGUGAGCUUCCUCAUUGGGCAUGGGGCUCUGUGGGAUUAAGGCUGAGGAAGAGGUAAGUCUCCUCUGCAAAGUCACUAUUUCAGGUGCUGUUGCAAAAGGUGUUUUCUAUUUGUAGUUAUAAAGGCAUAGUGCAGCGGGGGUUGAGGGCAGAACCCUGGAGCAUGGGAGAUGCGAGAAGAGCAGUGUUGCCAACUGAGAUGCUAAUUUUACUAUCUCUCUCCCCCCCCCGCCCCUUGUGUUGGGUUUAGUACCAAGGGAAAAGUGGCGGGUCAGAGUCCACUCCCCUCAUGCGAGGGAAAGCGAAGGCAAGCUGUGAGGGCUCUACUCACGGUCCACCUGGCUCCAGGCUGGGACUUUUUGUUAACUGGCGUGUAGUGUGUAGGAAAAGGUUCGUGACUAGCUCUGGUUACGAGGGAGACAAGGCUCUUAUUUUCAGGGGCUGCUUUCUUCUCUGACCAGGAGUGGAGUGUUCUCCCCAGCAGGAGGUCAGUCCAGCCACUGAGAUGCUUUUCUUCCUUCCAUGUUUCUCUCUCUCUCUCUCUCUCUCUCUCUCUCUCUGUCUUCUGUGGCCAACACAGACGUGCAUGCUCCCUCUUCUUGCCUCUUCUGAUACUGUCUCCCUUCACAGAAAUUGGGCAUGGAUGCUGUUGUGUGUCCUCACAGUCUUGGAUGUAAGAGCCAGCAGGAUGGGGGCAGGAAAGCGUGUUAGAGCUGGCAGAAGGGGAGCGUAAAAGGCCAUUUGACCCAUCAAGUGUUUAGUCCGUGUCUUUUACUGCAGUGGAGGUGAUGUAGUAGAGAUGGGAGAGGGAGGCAGGUACUGGAAGAUCUCAUGCACCUAUAGCCUUUCUGGCAGCGAUGGCUCUUCCAUAGGUGGUUUGCUGUUCUUGCAGAGGCCUGCUCCAGGCCAGUGCAGCAGCCCCAGACAGAGGAGAAGCAUGUGGAGGAAGUGGACCUGCACAAUCUAGACAUUCCACUUGCCAACGGAGCUGAGGAGGUCUCUUGUGAUGUUGGAGGAGCAGUUCCUCAUGAGAUUGGGUAGAUGAGAGAAAGGCCAGCCUGUGGCAGAGACCUAAGAAGGAGCAGCCACCCUGAGCCCAUCCCUAGGGAUCGAAGCCAGACAGUGAUCUGCAGAGUAAGAGCAAAUAGAAAUUUGCUUCAGUUAAGUAUUGAGGGAGGGCUGCAAAGACUCUUGUCGGCGGAGAGAAUUUGUUAGUAUGGGGUCGGCCUCUGAGGAAAGGCCUCUGAAUCUAGGUGGAGCGGGACCCGCACCCGAGCGGCUCUUAAGGUCUGUGAGUUGUCGAAGGGCAGCAGGGAACUGAGGAGCAGCCACAGCCCCAGAACCCCCAACCGGUACAAAGACAAGAUGGGGGAACAUUUUGGCAGCCUGCAUCAUUGCACCACCUAGAGCGGCAGUUGCCCCAUUCUGCCUGGCUCUGACUUUAAGCUUCUGGCCUCUGACCUGGUGAAUAAUGUUCUCCGUAAAACAUGAAACACUCUGCAUUCCGUCACUGCCUUGGUUCCAGGGAUGGGUGGCCAUGGUAAAUCCCUCAUCCCAUUAUUAGUGUCGCUCUCACAAAACCAGCAACAUCUGUUCAAUAGCAUACCCUGCUUUCAAAUCACGAUGGCCACUGUAUUGUGUUACGACCAUUUCUCCCAAACAAAGAAAGGUCCCCAUGCCUUGUCAAUUCAGUUCACCUAAAAUAGGCGGUGUCUUGUAGCCUCAUUCCCAUUUUUGAGAAACACACUGAGCCUGUGUUGCCACAGAAUCAAGCCCCCAUCCUGUACUCAAUAUGAGUCACAUCUUUGGAUCUAGGACAGAGGUGGGCAAACUACGGCCCGUGGGACCGUCCUGCCCAGCCCCUGAGCUCCUGGCCUGGGACGCUCGCCCCCGGCCCCUCUCUCGCAGCCUUGGCUCACUGCUCCGCUGGCGCAACACUCUGGGUGGGGGAGCUGCAGAGCCCAGCCUCACCCGGUCUCUGUGCCGUGCAGCACGGCUGCCUCUCCUGGUGCAGCCGUGCCGCCAGCCACCAGCGCUUCAGGCAGCGUGGUCGGGAGGCAUGGAGCCAGGGGGUUGGAUAGAGGGCAGGGGAGUUGAGGGUGGUGGUCAGGGGGCAGGGGUGUGGAUAGGGGUUGGAGGGAUGGGGCAGUCAGGGGCAGGGGUUCUGGGGGUGGUCAAGGAGAAGGGGUGGUUGGAUGGGGCAGGAGUCUGGGGGGGCAGUCAGGAAGGAGAGAGGGGAGUUGGAUGGGGCUGCGGGAGGCAGUUAGGGGCAGGGAGUCCGGGGGUGGUCAGGGGACAGAGAGCGGGGGGCAAAUGGGGCAGGGGUCCCCGGGGGGCCAUCAGGGAACAGGGGGGUUGGAUAGGGCAGGAGUCCCAGGGAGACUGUCAGGGGGUGAGAAGCAAAGGGGGGUCGGGCCAUACCUGGCUGUUUGGGGAGGCACAGCCUCCCCUAACUGGCCCUCCAGACAAUUUCAGAAACCCGAUGUGGCCCUCGGGCCAAAAAGUUUGCCCACCCCUGAUCAAGGAGCUAGAACCGAGCCAGAGUAACUGAAACAAGAUGAGUUAUGUGAAUUUUGAUGAUAUAAACAAGCCCACACACUUGAAAACUCUACAAUUCAAUCCAAAUUUCUUGAAAUAAUUACUUGAAAAAUACAAAAGAAACAAAAUGCAUCCAAACCAAAAAGCACAGAAAUUGAAACAGAUAGUUGUUAAGUUUGUGUUGUGUAGCCACUCAAAGUCCUCUUUUCAAAAAGACAACAUCGAUUGCAGUUUUUUAUGCUCUCAACCGCUUUUUUCUUGGUGUGGAAAAAAAUUAGUUCUUUCAUUUACUUGUGAAUCGUGGCAUGCUAAGACUACAAUUGGAAAGCCAAUUGUGAGAGUGCUUUUGCUUAAAAAAAUUGAAGGGUUAACCAUUUAUAAUUAUUUUUUCAUAUGUUAAACACUUGCUUGUUUUUCUUUUGUUUAUAUUACAGUGUGUCAUUUUUAUAACUAGUAAAACUUAGUAACCCUAAAGUGUUUUAAAAUGUGAUUAAGGUUUACUGCAAAAGCAUUAAAAACCCAAACUUUACUUGCUUAACCACAUGGCUUUCAACUUAGCUUAAAUCAGAGCUGCUAUCACACUACUGUUUUGUUAGCUACCUAUAAUUUGUCACAUGACCUACAUGGAUAGUUACAGAACCACACUUCUGUGUGUUGGUUUCAUAAUGAUACUUUUCUUUUAUGCACUGUUGUUUUAGCAUUGGGCUGUUGUUAUUAUUUUUUCCACUUUUUUCCCUGUUAACUGCUUUUGGGUGUAGGAAAUGGCUUGUAACUACAAAAAGUGGUCCCAAAAAUAUCAGCUGAUUGCUGAUGGUUAAAAAAAAAAGAAAACUCAAAUUCCACAAGGAUAAAUUAUGAUGCCAAAUAAGCAAGUUUAACCACCGGUGCAUAACAUGUUAAUAGUCUGUAUGAAUGUGCAGCAUUAAAUAUGCAAGCGGUGAAACAAAUGAUGAUCUUUACCCAUUUUCAGUUUACAGCCCAAAGUAUCUAAUAAAAGGUGAUGUGCUGCUAAACAUCUUACAACUUAAUAUCAGUUUUUAGUUUCUUUUUAGCUACACAUAAAUUAUGACUCCACUUUCAUAGCUUAAUGACCUCAAAUCCACAAUGUUUCUUGGAAUUUUCUACUAUUUAGUCAAAUCAAAAUUGGAAAGUCAAAGUUUAAAGAAAGGAGCUUUGCAUGCCUUAAAUUAUAAUAAGAAAAGGAGUACUUAUGGCACCUUAGAGACUAACCAAUUUAUUUGAGCAUAAGCUUUCAUGAGCUACAGCUCACUUCAUCGGAUGCAAGCUGUAGCUCACGAAAGCUUAUGCUCAAAUAAAUUGGUUAGUCUCUAAGAUGCCACAAGUCGUCCUUUUCUUUUUGCGAAUACAGACUAACACGGCUGUUACUCUGAAACCUUAAAUUAUAAUGAAGCCCACUGAUUGGAGAACUGUAUCACAAAUUGUGACUCAAAGCCAUAAUGAUUAGAUUAUGUUUUCUUUUCUACAAAAAGCAAAAUUUGUUUAAUACAUUUUUAUUACAUAUAUUAUGUUCUUGCUCAUACGGCUCUCCAGAUAUGGUUGGCACAACUUUAAAGGUUGAAUCUGAUUUGUGUAUCAUCUUUGAUAUCUGUAGAGACCAUGCAUUUUACAAGGUGAAGGUGGGACAGAUUUGUUAGUAAUGGCCACGUAUACCUCCAAUAUAACCGAUGUAAGACAGAUACAGCCAGUGGAAAUGAGAGCAGGGAACACACAUGCUUGGAACCAAACAAAUCAAAGCUAGGUUAAGCGGGCAAAGUAAAAGUGAAUUUCCCUUGCAUAAAUCACAGUGAGUCAAAAGUAUAAGGAGAGAAGAAAAAUCACCUCUCUCCUCCACUCUUCACCACUCAUAGCAGCAACAGCACCUAAAGAAACACAACUGGUGGAUGGGUCCUAGCCUGGAGGCCUCUAGAUAGUACAGACUGUGAAGAGCAUACAUUAUGCCCGCGAUGGAUCGUCUGCACCCGAGUCGGGGAUAUUUCUGAAAGAGACGAGGAGGACCCAAGAAUAAGAGACAGCGACCUCAUCGUUAGCUGUCCUCCUCUGUCUGUACUCACGGCAACAAUAUCGCUUGACGGACAAUUGGAGCAUCACCGAACUGUGGGGAGGGUGGUUGUGGCUGGAAGUCUUUCCAGUUAGUAUGAACUGCUGUAAGAUGUUGGGUGAGAAAACUUUUGGCUUUGAAAUGGUAUUUAGCUUGGUGAUGUUUAGGAAUUGGUUACAAAAGAAAUAAAAUGUGUAAGGCCAUAAAA